AUGAUAAAUAGCAUUUUGACUAGUUUAUUUUAUUUUGCAGCACUUUCUAUACAAAACGGUAAUACUGUUGGUGGCUACGCGAAUGGUACAGCUGGAAAUGCUCUUAAUGCUUUGAACUUUCCUGGUGGACUAUCUCUCGAUUAUAACGGUUUGAUAUAUGUUAGCGAUUUCAACAAUAACAGAGUGAUCAAAUUACAAGAAGGAUCCUUAGUUGGCUCGAUUGUUUCUGGUACAGGAGUGAGUGGCAGUAGCGCCAGUCAAUUGAGUUCUCCAGCAGGAUUAUAUGUCGAUGCAUCAUUAAAUAUUUACGUAGUCGAUACUUUUAACUUUCGAGUGAUGCUGUGGCACAGGAACUCAUCCAGUGGUAAUCGUGUUGCCGGAACCGGCAGUGUUGGAACUUCAUCAAGUACCUUAAGUUAUGCAGGUGGAAUCGUUGUCGAUUCGUUAGGAAACCUGUACAUAUGCGAUGCCUAUAAUCAUCGUGUGAUGAAAUGGUUAGCAAAUGCCACUUCUGGAAUCCUUAUUGCGGGCACUGGCAUGGCCGGUAGCAGCAGUCAACAGCUCAAUAUGCCUUAUACCCUCUAUCUUGACGAAUCCAAUUCAUAUCUUUAUAUUGCUGAUGGUCUCAAUCAUCGUAUUCAACGUUAUGAUUUACGUUACUCGAUGAAUGUUACUACCGUCGCCGGAGGAAAUGGUCCGGGAACUGGAAGUCACCAGUUGAAUACACCGAUAGGCGUGUAUCUUUCAAAAAAGACAGGAGCCAUUUAUAUCGCUGAUAGCAACAACCAUCGUAUUCAGCGUUGGAUUCCUGGAGCAACACAUGGCGUUACGAUUGGAGGUCUUGCUGCCUUAAGCGGUAAUAACGCAACAUUAUUGAAUCAACCUCGUUAUGUUUCUCUAAACCUUAAUGAAACGCAACUCUAUGUGACCGACGGAAGUAACAAUAGAGUACAACGUUUCCAACUCAUUUAA